AUGAAGAUGGAAAGAAACCCUUCAUCAUUUCUAAAACUUUUUGAUGAUUAUGAUUAAUAUAAUGAAUAAUAUCAAAAUAACAAGCUAAUUAAAUUGAGAGGAGGAGGAUGUGGGGUAUCAAAAGUUCAUAAGGAGAUCCAAUCACAUUAGUCAAUAGCUGAAAACUAAAUGCAGUCAGAAUUUUUUCCUUAAAAUUUUCAUUAAACCCUUAAUGAUUGUCUAAGACUUAUAAUAGAUGAAGCAUUACUUCUAGGAGGUACAACUAAGAGAAAUGAAGUGAUUAAAAAAAUACAAUGGUUUAUUCACAAUAGAGAACACUUGAAUUAUUUUUGUCUUGAUGAAAAAGAAGGAAGCAAUAUUUAUGAAUUAGUAAAAUAAAAUUUUGAUAUUUUAUUGACGGUGGGUUUCUAUGUUAUUAAGUUUUACAAAUUUGUAAUGAAUUAUUAAGAAUAAUAUAUGCCUUCUAACUUAGAAGACCAGAAAGAUUUUUUAAAGUCGAAGAGUAAGAGGAUUAUUUAUAAAAAUUAUUAGAAUUUGAUACUUAACUAGAAAUUGAAUAAACAAAUGUAUGGAAGACAGGAUUAGAAUUUGAAAUUAAAAUAAUUAAAAUUAUGAUUAUGAAUUCAUAAACUAAUUCUACUGAAGGUAAAAAUUUACUGCUGAAUACAUUAAAAGAAGCUGCUAAAUCAAUCUUAUCUUUAUCACUAUCAGAAGAUUUGCUUCCAUCAAUAAUAGAAGGAGCAGAAUAUCUUUUAAAAAAGGGAAUUGAAAAAUUAUUAUACCCAAAAGAAACUUAUUAAACUUAUUAUUUAAUUUAAUUGAUGAAAUGGUCAAUAAUAAGAUAAUUAAAAUCCAAAUAUUCAGUCUAUAAAUAAAUAUAAUAAUUAAAGGAUAUCUUUUAAUAAUAUAUAUUUGUUUCUGAUAAUUGGAUUUUACAUUUUAGUUGGAUAUAAAUGAUUACUGAUAUAAUUGCAUAUAGACCAAUUAUUGAUUUAUCUAUUAUGGUGAAAAAAGUGCCUAAUUUUAGCUCUAGUAUUUGGAAUUAACUUAUUGAAAAUUCUUUGAUUCAAUGUGUUUCAUAUAAUAAGAAUUAAGCAAUUAUGUAUUUAUUUUAAAACUAAGAAAAAUAAUUGUAUAAUUGUUCAUUUAAUAAUAUAUUGGAAUUUUAUAGCAAAAAAAAGCUUUUAUUAUUUUCUUAAUUUCUUUUAAAAGGAGAUUUCACUUAAAAUAUUAAUCAUUGGGAUUAUUAUAAAUAAUUCACAUUUAAUAGUUAAAAAUAAAACAAAUAAGAAGAUUAUGAAAUAAUUUUAGAAAGUUAUGAAUAGGAAAUUUUAUAAAUUUUAAUUAAUAAUCUUAUAUCUGAGAAAGACCAAAUAAUAUCAAUCCAUUAAGAAAUAAUUUAAUCUUUUAUUAACUAUUUUAAAGAUCCAACUUAUUUGUCACUAUAACUAUUAUAAGAUGAUUAGUAGGGAUUAUAAAAGCAGUUUUUAGAAAUUUAUAAAAAAUUAAUUAUUUUAACUAAUCAUAUUUAAGAAUUAUCAAAAUUUGAAGCUGUAAAGUUAAAUUUGCUUACUCCUUACUUAAAUAAAUUUUAGAAUCAAGGAAAUUUGUUAACAUUAGGAGAUUUGAAAAAAAAAAUAGAUGACUUUGUUAAAAUAGAAAAUGUUAAAUUCUUUGAUUAACUUUUAGAUUAUUUUUUAAUUGCUGUAGAAUUUUCAAGUACAAAUUAUGAUUUUAGUCUUUUUUUAGAGACUAAAAACUAAAUAGAAUUAGAAUAAAUAAAAAAAUUAUUUGAGGUUGAAAACUUUGAUAAGAUUUUCUUAUUAUUUGAAGCUUAAUUUGAUUAAUUUACUCUAAACCUAAAUUCCUAUAAAGAAAAAUUUUCUAAUUUUGUUUAAAAGGAAAAAGAUAUUAAACAACUAACAAUACAAGUAGAAGAUGGAAAUAUUCUAAAUAUAAUUGAUUUUAAUUGUAAUGGAGAUUGGAUUAAAUUAAUAUAUAAAAAAAUAUAAAACAAAAAUUUUUUAAAUAAGCUAGAAUUAUUUAAUUCUGAAUUAUAAACAUUAAAAAAUGCACAUCAACAUUUAAUUGAUUGUAAAUUUAGCAUCACAAUAUUAUAAUUAUUAAAGUAAUUUUUCAAAUUACAAAGCUCUGAUUUAAAAAUAACUCAUUAACAUAUUUAAAAUUAUUAAAAUAAGACAGAAUAAUCAAAUUAGUUUGGAGAUGAAAGUCUAUAAUAAUUUAUUAAAGAAAUCUUGAUUUAAUAAAUUAAAAUAUUGGAUUCUUUGUUGAAAUCAAAUCAAUUAUUAUUUGAUGAGUCAAAUUUGAAAGAUGGUUGUAAAAAUUUAGUUGCUUAAAUUUAAUAUGACUUUGCUAUCCUUAAGGAGGAAUCUAAGAAAUUAAACAAUAAGUAGCUCAGUCAUGAUAUUUCAAAAUUUUUUGUUGAGUCAUAAUAUACAAUAGUAUAAGUUUUAAAUAAGCCUGAAGAAAUAGAUAAUUUAAAUAAACUUUUAAUUUUGUAUAAUGCAAAAUUGUUAGAAAUUAGUAAAGGAAAUGUAAGCAAUAAAUAAAAUAAUUAAAACAAAGAAAAUUCAAUUAUUUUAAAUCUUAUGAAAAAUUAUUAUGCCUUGAGUUAGACUUUAUUCAUCAAUAAGAAUUCACUUGGAAUUAAAGUCUUAAUUAAUAGGAAAAAAUCAAUUAAGAUUAAACUAAAUAAUAAGAAAAAAUGAAUGAAAAUUAAUAAUAAAAUGAAGAAUAAGUUAUAUAAGAACUAAAUAUAAGGAGAAAUAAUUAUUUUAGUGAAAAAAUGAAGAGCCAAAUAAAAUUAAUAAUAUAUAAUUUAUUUGAUGAAGUUUAAAAAUAAAACGAUAAGCCUGUAAAUCUCAAGUUGACGGACUUUUUAUCAUUCUUUUAGACUUUAUUUAAUUGUUAAUAAGCAAAAGGAGGUAAGAUUGAUAAAAUUAAAGAUUCAAUAUGGUAGGAUAUAAAGAAUGCAUAUUAAGAUACUAAAGAAAAGCUAUUUAAUAUGAUUGAUCUUAAACCUGAUUAUAGAGUAAGAGAGGGAUUAGUUUACAAUUUAAUAAGACUUUAAUAUAGCAAUUAAGAAUAAUAAAUCAAUUCUUUCUCAUGUAAAUAUAUUUAAUAUAUGUGGGUAUUUGAGAAGGAUUAAAGAGUGAGAAAUUUAUUGAAAAAUAAAGAAUUAAUUGAAAUUCAGAAACAAAUGUUUAGUUAAGAUAUAGAUAAUUUUUCAAGUUCAAUUAAAGUUGAAUUGAAAUAAAGAAUGUAAAAAUUAGAAAAUCUAUAACAAUAAAUUAAGCUUGAAGGAAAUUCUCAAAAAAGAGAGUAACUUUAGGUAAUUUUAAAAUAAACAUAUGAUUAAUUAGAUGAAUCUUUAGAGAACUUAACAGAAAUGUCAGAAACAAUGGAUAUUAGUUUAGUAUUUCUUAAAGAUAUUUCAAAAGAUGUUAAGUAAAUAAAAUCUUAAAUAGAUAAUUUACAAGAAAGCAUGAAUUAAGUUGGUGAUGAUAUACGUAAAUUAAGAGGAAAGAGAUAUGAUGAAUUAUUAGAAAUAAGAAAAUAAAAGAUAUUAUUUCAAUAAAAAUUAUCAGAAAUAGAUUCUGUUUAUGUAUAAUUGAAUACAAUUGAAUAUGAUCCUAUUACAGGUUAAAAGGUUCUUCAUGAUGGUAAGGAAACAACAUAUUUAAUAAAGGAAUAAUGGGAUGAUUCUGAAGGUGAAGUAAAUGAAUUUAUUUGGGAAGAUGAAAUUAAGAAAAAAAAAUAAAAUUCAAAGGGGAAAAAAGAUGUUUUAUUACUUUCAGGAAAUGCAGGUUCUGGAAAAAGUAAAGCGGCUAGAAAAAUUGAAGAAUUUAUAUGGAAAUAAAAAGAGAAUUAAUCAAAAUGGAUUCCAAUUUUUGUAUCACUUCCAACUUUAAAAAAUCCAAAAUAUAAUCUAUUUGAAUAAGCACUUGAAUCUGAAAAUUAUUAAUUUGAUCAUUAUUAAAUUAGAGAAUUUAAAGAAGCUAUAUAAAAUAAAAAGGAAUUUAUUAUUUUAAUACUUGACAGUUAUGAUGAAAUGAAAUCAGAUUGUAUAUAAUAAAAUUUAUUAAUGACAAAUAAAUUAUUUUAAGAUUUAAAAACAGAUUAAAUUGGAUAAUAAGUUAAAGUUAUAAUUACAACAAGAAAAGAAAUACUUAAUACAGUUGGAUAUCAAACUUGGUUUUAUGGAGAGAGUCUUUUAUCUUUAAAAGAGGUUUAGAUAUAAAAUUUUAAUGAGAAAUAAUAAUAGGAAUAUUUAGAUUUAUAUGUAGAAUUAAGUAUUAAAAGAAAAAUUAAAGAAAUUUAUGAAUUUGUUAAAUAAAUUAGUGGAUUAAAUUUUGAUUUAGAAGAAUUUAUAAAUAUUUGGAAUUUAGUUUCUUAAUAAGUUAAAAAUUGGAUUAAGAAGUCAGAGAAAAAAAAAAAUGAUCAAAUUUUUCAAAAUAAAGAAGAAGAAUUCAUUAUAGCAAAAAUUAAAACUCAUAAGACUUUAGAAAAUUUAAAUGAUGAGUAAAAAACAGGCUUAAGAAAAGAAUUGUUAUCUUUAUGGAGUGCUAAUAAAUUUAAAACAUCUAUUGAAAGUGUAUAAAUUUAAGAUUUAUUAACUACACCAUUUAUGUUAGAAAUUAUUGUUUAAGUUUUACCAAAUAUGACUAAAACAUAGUCAGAAUCAACAGUAAUGAAAGAAACUUUUAUCAAGAACUAUUUGAAGUUGAAAAAUGAAGUAAGACUUUUUUAAAAAGCUAGAUAAAAAUAUGAAGAAGAAAAUUAAUAUUUCAUAUAAUUAGAAUAGAAAGGUAAGGUAAAUUAAGAGGAUGAAUAAUAAAAUGAAAAUUAAAUUGAUGAAGAAUAUUAAUAAAAAAUAGAAAAAGUAAAAUUAGAUGAAUUAAUUGAUAAUCUAGAUAGAUAGAAUUUUUUUUAGAAUUAUUCAAUUGUUAGUAAAUUAUAAUAUGAAGAAGAUAAUAUUAACUUUGAUGGAAUUACUGUUAAAUUGAAUUUUGAAGAUAUUGAUUUUGUAUUAAUAGCUUUAAAAAUGAAAAAGUUUACUGUUUUUGAAUUCUAUGAUAGUUUUAUUAAUUUUUAUCAUGAAUAAUAAAUUCAAAAAUAAAGAGAACUUGGAAAAGUAUCUAAUUAUGAAAGUUUUAGAUUUGAUAUUUAUUAAUUUUCUUCUUCAUUAGCCAUAGAUAUGACUUUAAGAGAGUUAUCAUAAAUAGGUUAUAAACCAUAAGGAAAAUUAGAUUUAUAAAGUAAUUAUAAAAUUGAAUAAGUAAUUGAUGAUUGGUAGAAUAAGUAUUUUGAUAUUGAUAAUGAAUAUAAAAAAUUAAUUCGAAGUUGCAUUUUAUUAAAUGCUAAAGGUAGUACAUUUUCAUUUACGCAUAAAUCUAUUUAAGAAUUCUAUGUAGCCAAAUAUAUUUUUGAUCUUUUGAUUUCUUUAGAUUAUUAUGAUUCUACUAUUUGUGAAAAUAAGGUAGGAUAAGAAUAGAAUCAAAAUAAGGAUUAAUUAGAAAUAAAUCAAAAUAAGGAAUCUUAUGAAAAGAAUUCAAAUAAGAUAGCAUAAGAAAUGAAUAAAAAAUUAUUAGAAAAAUCAGUCUUUAAUAAAACAAACUUUAAUAUAUCAACAGAUAACUUUAGAAAUGUAAUCAAUUUUAUAAGAGAAAAGUUAAUAAAUAAUGAAUUAAUGAGUUAAUAAUUAAUUGAAAUAGUAAAGCUUUCAAAUUAACAAAUAUAUUGUAGAUCAGCAUCAAAUAGUAUUUAUUUAUUGAGACAAAUGAAUAUUUAUUUGGGAUCUUAAUUUUUUAAUAAUAUAGAGUUAGUCAAUACAAAUAUAUCAGGGUUAAGCUUUUUUGAUUGUAAUUUAUAAGGUUCUAAAUUAUAAAAUGUAGAUAUUAGUUCAUGUAAUCUAAAUUUGGCUAAUUUAUCAAAUUCAGUAUGGUCUAAUAUUAUUUGUAAGGAAAAGCCAUUUUUAAAACAUUCUUCUGGGCAUAAUACAAAAAUAUUAGAUGUAUAUUUUUCACCUGAUGGAUAAUAUAUUGCAUCAUUAGGUGAUGAAAUGGAAAAUAAUAUCAAAUUAUGGAAUGCUUAAACAUUUUAAUUAUUUAAAGAUUUAGAAGGACAUAAAGGAAAAGUAAACUCUUUAUCUUUCUCAUAAGAAUCUUCAAUUCUUCUAUCAGGAGGUUAAGAUGGUACUAUCAGAUAAUGGAAUAUAUAAAAUUCUCAAAUUAAGAUUUAAAGUGAAAUAAUUUAUUAGAUUUAAAGUGAAAUAAUUUAUUAGAUAUAAACUGCUAUUUUAAAAGUCUAAAUAUCAAAAGACUCAAGAAAAUUAUAUUUAUUAGAUGAUAAGGACAAUUUUUUAAUUUUUAAUUUAUCUAAAGACAAGUUAAUUAUUAAUGAAAAUUUAAUUUUUGAAUUUGACUAAACUGCAAUAAGAAAUCUUUCUCUUGUUACAAUUAAUCCUUCUUUGAAAUCAUUUGCAAUAAAUCCAAAAGAACCUUAGGUUGCGCUUAAAUGUAAUUAAUAUGCUAUUUUAAUCAAUUAUGAAACAAAUAAUAAAUUAAUCUCUCCAGAACUUGAAUCACACAUAACAUAGUAAAUGAUAUUUAGUUAAAAUGGAAAGUAUUUCGCAAUUGCUUUUAAAAAGUAAGCUAAUGUUUGGGAUAUAUCAGAAAAUAAAUUGAAAUAAUUAAGAAUCUUUAACUUCUCUAAUUUUAUUUUAUCAACAAUUAUUUUCGAUAAGUCAAAUCUUUAUUUAAUUUUAAGUACAAAUAACUUUGUAUUGAGAAGGGAAAUUGUUUAGUAAAAUAUAAAAAUAUAAGAUUAACAGGAGAAAUGUUUUGAAGUUUAAAUUUCUCCUAAUGGAAAAUUCACUGCCAUUAUAUAUGAAAAAAAAAUAAGUAUAAUUGAAGUGGAAACAAUGUCAAUUAAUUUUAGAACUUUCAACUUUCAACCAAGUUUUAUAAUUUUUUCAAAAGAUAGUUCAUAAUUAUCAUUCAUUUUAAAUGAUGAAAAAAUAAAAAAAUCAUUUUAAAUUAUUGAUGUCAAUAAACUAACAACAAUUUAUGAACUUGUUUGGAAUAAUUUUUAGAAAAAUCUAAUAAUUUCCAAAAAUUUUGUAAAAUUACUUAUUCAAUUUUAAGUUGAACCUAAUAAUUUUGGAUCUCUUCUAAUAGAUAUUAAUAAAAGAAAUUAAGUAUUAGAAAAUAGAAAUUUUAAUAUUAACAUUGAAAAAUUUUGUUUUAUGGCAAACAGUUGGAUAAUUGCUUAUAUUACUUCAGAAUCCAACCUUAUUAUAAUUUAUGAUUUGGAUAAAAAUUUAUAAAUUUAAGAACCUCUUGAUAAUUAAACGAAAGAAGUUUAGAUUUUUUAGUUUUCUCCAAAAGUUAAUUAAUUAGCUGUUGUAUAUAAAGAAGAAGUUCUAAUUUGGAAUUUAGAUCAAAAUCCCUUUAAAAUAUAAAAAAUAAUCAACUUGAAAGAUUAAAUAAUUUUAUAAUUAAAUUAUUCUCCAGAUGGCUCAUAAAUUGGAUUGUUAUUGAAAGAUUUGUUUCAAAUUUAUAAUUUUAAUUCAAAUACAUUAAUUAAUUUGGAAUAAAAAAAUACCAUAAGUUAAGUAGUAUUUUCAACCGAUAAUGAAUUUAUUGGUUUUAAUAUAAAUUAUGAAAUUCAUGAAAUUAAUAUCUUGAGUAAAAACUAAAAUCAUGAAAAAAAACUCAAUAAAAAAAGAUAUAACUUAUCUAAUUAGAUUAUUUAAUUAAUGUUUACUAAAGAUUAAAAAUUUAUAAUAACUGCUAGCUUUAGAGAAAUUAUUUUAUGGGAUUUAUCUACUAAUGAAUUUAAAGACAUAAAAGUAUCCUAUUUAGAAAAUGCAAAAUUAAUUACUUUUUCUCAUAAUUGCGAUCUUAUUGCUUUAAAUACAAAUUAUAUAGUAGAAUUAUGGAAAUACAAAGAAGGAACAAUAAAUUAUUUAGGAUCUCAAUUAUAUGAACAUUCUAUUAAAUAAUUGGGUUUUGUAGGAGAUGAUCAACAUAUAUUACUUUUAUAAGAAAAUAAUGAUUUAAUCCUGUGUAAUAUUAAUAAUUUUUAGCAUAAUUAUAUUAAAGAAGCUAUAUAUGAUUGUGGUGCACUUUCAUCAAAUAAUUAAAUUGCCUUGGCAAAUAAAAAUGAAAUAAAUAUAUUUUAUGAUGGCUUUUAAAAGAAUAAUUCUUUACUUGUCAAAGAUACAAAAUAUCUAGAGUUUUUCGAGGAUAAAGAAAAUUUAAUGCUAAUAUUUAAAUAAGAUAAGAUGUGCAUUUGGAAUCAUAAAGAUAAUUAUUAAAUAAUAGAAAUAAAUUUCUACCAAUACAUUUCAUCGAAAUUAAAUAUGAAAGAUGAAAUAAUUAUUUCAUAGCAUUAAAACCUUGUAGAGGUUUGGAAUAUAAAAGACUUUACCAAAAUUUAUUUAUGUGGAUAUCAUUAGGAUAUUCAUUGUUUUUCUGUUAACUAAAAUGGAGGAAUGGGAUUAGGAAUUAAGGAUGGUUAAAAAAUGGAAAUAAAAAAUGUGUUUAAUGUAACUUUCGCAUUUCCUAUUAAUUUAAACCAAAAAAUUAAGUAGUUGUUCAUGUAUUAAAAUGAAUAAUUUUAUAUUAUUUUAACCGAUUCUGGAUAACUUUUUAUGUAUAUGAUUGAGAAAUAACAAACUUUAGAAUUAAAAUAAAAUGUUUAAUAGAUAACAUUUUUUGAAGAAAAAAAUCUUUUUGCAAUGAAGAUAGGAAGAAACAUUUAAUUAGAAGAAAUACAAGGAGAUAAAUUAAAUAUAUUAGAUAGUUUAGAUUUAAAUAUUGAUAUUGAUGACUGUACUUUAACUUUUUCAAAUGAUGGUGAAGAGCUAUCAAUAAAUUCAAAAAAAUUUAUUUAUUUAUUUUAAAUCUCACGUGGAAAAAAAUUAAUUGGUAAAUUCUUAUAAGAUUUUAAUUUUUCUGCAUCUUUCAAAUAGAAUUUGAUUCCACAAUAAGUUUAAUUAAUUUAAAAAGUAAUUUAAAAAUAAGGAAUAUUCUAAAAAAUAUCAAAUUUUUGCUUUAAUGUAGAAUGA